ACUGUGUCCCAUACGGUAUUAGAAUCAGUUGCACGUCUAUCGUUUCGUAGUACGUAUUCGAAUAUUCGACGAAGUGUAUAAAAACAAACUAAAUUUGUACAUUAUUGUCUCGUAUUCGUACAUACGGAAACAAAUAAUCUAAUAGUCGCGAUGUUCAGAAUUGAGCUUGACAAGUGUUUCGAAAUUCCGCAAUUGCAAAUUGAAUUGAUCGGACAUUACAGUAUCGAUGGCAAUUCGAAAUAUCGCGGUGACUUGUCGCAAUUGAAAUAUUACGUUCCCCCUUUAGAUUUUAACAAUGUAAAUUACGAUCUGAACGAAAAUAUUGCGUCCACGAAAUACAAGCCAAAUUCGUACGUCAAAUUAGAUGACGUAUGUAAAUGGAUUUUAAAUAAUUUUACACGCGUGGAAAGACUAAUGUCAACGGAAAAAGACCGCUGGUUGAAUGUAGACUUUGUCUGUCGCCGUGGAGCAUUCACCACGAUACUGUCCAGUCCGUAUGUGCAAUAUGAUUGUGAUUGGAUUAUAUGCGCCAGCAAAUAUCGUGGUACGAUAUAUUUAUGCAAAUUUUAUACAGAUGCACAAGAACGUAAUCAUGGAAAUUCAAUGGAUAAACGAGGCGAAGCGUGGGGAUUUAAAUUUGAGCAAUAUAUGGUAGCAGAUCACCCGUCACACCAACCAGACACAUCAAAACCUGUUAAUGCAAGCGAAGCAUUUCACUGCGUAUUUCAAGCAAACUAUGGUGAUCACUCAUUACUCUAUGAGGCAGAAAUCGAUGGGAUUGUAUCACAAGAUUAUAUAACAGAUACGCUUGUUGGCAAACAAUUUGAAAUAAUCGAAUUGAAAACAAUCGGUUUUCGUCAAAUAGAACAAUUAUCCGCCAAAUUUACACCAAAAAAAAUAUCGGACAUGUGGAACCAAAAUAGUUUGGCGGGUGUAAGAAGAAGUAUAUUUGGAUUAAGGGAAGGAAAAAGUAGUAUAGUAAAAUCGAUACAAGAAUGUUCCACUGACGAUUUGUUAAACCUUUCGUUCGCUCAUUUUAAUGUGAACCACUGUAAAGCAUUCUGCAAACUGUUUCUAGACAAUGUUAAAAAAAUUGUCACUAAAGAUCAUAACGAGUGCAUGUAUAAGUUUUAUCGGGAUACACGAAACAAAAAUACUAUAUAUUAUAGUGAAGAAGCGCCUGAUAAUGAUAAAUAUAUUUUUCUCAAGCCGCAGUUUAUUCACGAAGCAGAUAAAUACAAAUAAAAAUAUUCUUAUACACAAGUAAAAAAACAAAACUCAUAUAUAAUAUUCAGUUUUUUAAUAUUCAAUAAAUAGUCGCUUAAAACGUGGGUUUAAACAUUUUAAAUAAUAUAAGAUAUGAAUUAGUGAUAUUACAUGGUAAUAUUACUGAUAUAGAAAAGUUAUACACACCAAAUAUAUGUAAUAAAAGCAUGUAUAUAAAACUGUAAAAAAAA